GAUAGCAGUCAGGCGUCUCGAGAUGACAGAAAAGUGUUCUCUAGAUACUCUUCCAACAGAAUUACUUCUUCACAUAUUCGAUUGCUGCAAUGUCUCCGAUUUAAUAACAUUGUCAUUAGUCUGCAAAAGAUUUCAUUCAAUUGUAGAGGAUGACAACUUGUGGAUUCGAGAAAGUCGCAGGCCACUCGUUACUAAUCAGUGUUCCAAAAGAUUUCGGGAUAGGUGCAAUCCAUGGUUACCGUUGAGUAAAAAAGGGAGGGUCUCGUAUAAUUGGCAGAGUGGAAAAUACGAGAGAGUGAUAAUUUACACAGAUCGAGUGAAUACCAUCCCCUGGAUACAACUUACAGAAGAUAUCCUUUGGUGGAGUGGAGGAGAUCGACUUUAUGGGUAUCAUCGAGGGCGAAUCAAACCGAACAGACGAUACAAUGAUUUUAGAAAGAGCUGUCUCUUCGCCUGGGACAACAUACCCAGUGAUAUCUGUAAAUUCGUUGUCAGAGAUGAAUACGUUGUUAGUGGCCACAGAGAUGGAAGGAUUUGGUUUUGGGUGAAGGAGGAGGGACAACAGGGCCAUUUUAAUUUCGGAAUUGAGGAAGCUCAUGCUUCCAGUGUCACUGCCAUUGACGAAAUUCCAGAGGCUGUCAUUUCAGGGGCUGAGGAUGGCACUGUGAAAAUAUGGCCACAACCCUCCGAAAUCUACGAUAUCAGGCCCAUAUCAUCAUUCAAUAUCUACGACAGGAUCUGGUCCUUAGGGGCUGAUCCAGGAAAAACUUUAUUCGCGGUGGGAUCUUCGGGCACUAACGCUGGGCCACCCCUUCGCAUAUUCGAUAUUGAAUGUUCGAAGGAGAAGAUUGCAUUGAGUCACAACUGGAGGUAUGGCGCAGGUGUCUUGGACCUCUCCUGGGAGAGUUCGCAGUGUCUAUUAUCCUGUGGCUAUGAUACGUAUAUACGAAAAUGGGAUUUAAGAAUUGGGACGUGCGUUGCCUCCUGGGCGGAUCCAACAGACGCCACGAUCUACUGCAUCUCCUCAGAUUUCAAGCACACAAUGAUCACAGGAACUCAAUACAAUGGAAAAGCUGUUCUCUGGGAUCAACGACUACCUCGCUAUGUCCAACUUUACUUCAUGAAUAACCGAAGGCCUUCGAGUCCUGUCUAUAGCAUAUCAUUCGACAGCACUCAUUUAGUCGGCGCCACAGACAGGCAAUUAAUACAGUUCACAUUUUCUGGGACCAAUAAUCGCCCUCACGAUUAUCGCGGAAUCCUCAAGUGAUUUCCGGAAGGACAGGCCAUUAAAAUAUCAUUAAAAACACCUUUCAAAUAGUUUAAACUUUAUUCUUCUCGUCUUUGAGGCAUUAACUGAUCAUUGGUGUACAAAAUAUUAAAGUUUCCCAACAAAAUAAAAUGCAUAUUUUUUCUUUUGAUUAGGGGAAAUUAAUUAAAACCUGGGGGUUAAUGUAACAAUAUUUCGAUAAACGAUAAAGGAACGUGCACGAUCGACAGAAUGAGGUGGUUCAACUUUGUGCUUCGGUCAAAUACCUUGCUGACCAUUCUGUUAUUUGUGGGAUCUUCCUCGUACAUGCAAUUCUACUAAUUUUUUCCCAUUAGGGAACUCAGGAGAAAUUUGUCUCGCAGCUACUUAUUAUUUUUUACCUUUUCGCUAUUAAAUUCUAUUCUCCAUCAAUCAAAAAUUAAUUUGACAAUGAGUCAUCGCAAGCUAGACAACAAGAAAAAAUAUUAAAAAUCAACAGAUAUUUA